AUGGCGCCGGCCCACUUCAAUGCGGAUCCGCACUGGGAGCUCAUUCGCCAGGUGGCCGCUGCGGAUGCCCGCGCGAAGCGCGCCGGGCGCCGCAACAUUGGGAUUCCCUCCGAGCUCUCCGUGCCUGUCCUUGCCGCUGUGGCUGUGGCCUUGCGUCAAGAGAGGGCCAAUGAGAUGAAGGAGGCCGGUCGUUUGUCACUUCGAGGCUUAGCUUCAGGGGCCAUAAACGUCAUCCCAAAGGCGAGAUGA